AGGGCAGCCUCUCAAGGAGACGAGAUGACCCCCACCUGGUCCACCCAUCUCCAGAAGCCAUGCCAAGCGCAACCCAUCCCCAGCGUCCCCAGCUUGACUGCAUCUGGUAGAAGACUUCAGGAUUCUGACACUGCCCUUCCAGCCUUAGCCUCCUCCGGGUUUCUUGGCUUCCUAUCCCGCUUCCAGGCCAGUCUUUUCCCGGCCCUGCUUCUCUGGGCCGGGCUUGUGCCGCCGGUCCUCCGACCUCCGGGCUCAGCCUUCCUGUCCCCUUGGUGCCCCGCCGCACGGGGCCUGACUCUGCGCUUCCUGCCUGGGGCUUCCUGGGCACUUCUUCCGGCUCCGCCAGGCUUUCUGCGGCUUCGUCCUUCUUCUUUGUCGCCCGCCUUUCCUCUCCUCUCCUCUCCUCGGGGCUCGGGGCGGGUGACAACACGCAGCCCUUCAAACACAACCGCUGCGCUGCGUCUGGGCGCCAUAGCCAUCUUUCCAGGCCCAGGACACGGAUCCAAAGCGAACGCUGAAGGGCCUCCGGAUCCGGGCGGAGAGGGGAGAAGGCCGGCCUUGCCCACAGCCAAGAUGGCGCUGGCGGCCACGCCCUCCUCGGGGAGCGAGGCCGGAAAGAGGCCCGACGCGUUUCCGGUCCCGGGAGGGAGGGGUGCGGUCUGCGCCGGAAGUGGUGCCGCUCUUCCUCUUCCGGUCUCCCUCGCUCGCCCGCCUUCCGGCUGCUCCGCCAUGAUCCUGGCCAGGGGCCCCGCGUCCUCCGCGGAGAACGGAGAGGAGGCUGCGGCGGAGCUGGCGCUGGGCGGCGCCGGGGAAGGGGCCUACCUGCGGCACCUGGCCUUCCGCCGCGCGGGGGAGCUCUGCCCCGUCGUCAGCGGAGAGCUUUGCUGGUACUGCGAAGACGACGACUACAGCUCUGAAGACUGGGGAGACUACACAGAGGAGGAGGAGGAGGAGGAGGGAGAAGAGGGGGCCUGGAAUGCCCCUCAGGGAACCUUCUGCGGAUUCAAGAAGUUCUUCCUUUGCAAGCCACCUUCUGACUCGCCAGCACACGCCGGGCCCACCUGCAUCGUCCUGCCCCAGCGGCAGCAGCAGCUCACAGUUGAGGAGGCAGAGAGAAAUGCUGAAGAGUUAGUUGCAGAGGAGGAGCGGAUCAAAAAGAAGGCAGAGAAGAAGAGGCAGAAGAAAAAGAGGCAAAAGGACAGGAAGAAACAGGAGAAGCGUAAUCAGGAGCUGAAGUCCAAGAAUGAGGUGGCCGAGUCUUCACAUGGCAGGGAUGUGGACGAUCAAGGCUCCUUUGCUGCUGUUCGAAGCGCAUCCGGUGCUGGCUCCCCUGAUUCAGCAAAGGAACCCACUGAAGCUUCCCCAGGCAAGAGCCCCAGCGGGGGAACAAAGGAAGAGAAGGAAGCGACAGAGGCAACAGCCGUAGUGGAAGAGGAGCUUGAUCUGAGCAGCACCUUUGUUUCAAAAGCUCGCCUCAAGGUCAGCACCAAACCAUUGCUGCCCAAGAGGGAGAAAGCAGCCAAGCCUGACAGGAAGGAGGCAGAGGCAAAAGUGAAGCUGGAGGCCCCAAGGACAGGACUUCAGCUGACGGCAGUGGAGCAGAGCAUGGUGCUGGCAGAUUGUGGUAACGAAACGGCAAAGCAGGGAUGCUACCAGGAGGCUGUGCUGCUCUUCACAGAGGCUGUCAAGUUGAAUCCCCGGGAAUACAGGUUCUUUGGGAACCGUUCCUUCUGCUUUGAGAGGCUGCAGUGCUACGCGGAGGCCCUGCAGGAUGCCCAACUGGCCCUCAGCUUAAAGCCUGGUUGGCCUAAAGGCCUUUUCCGCCAGGGCAAGGCCCUUAUGGGCCUGAAGAGGUAUGCAGAGGCAGCAAGAACCUUUGAGGAGCUCAUGCGGCUGGAGGAUUUCCGGAGCGAUGCAGCCAUCCAGCUGAAGCGGUGCCACUGUCUGAUGGAGAAUAGUUUUGAUGGCUGCCUGCCAAGAUGGAACAUCCUGCCCAGAGAACCAAUGCCUCCUUUGCCCGGAGAGCAGCAAGGUAGGAAACCUGUCACAAGCAGCAGUGCCCAGGCAGGAGGGCGCCUGGCAUCGGUUGUGGUCACCAACUCCUCACGAAGCAAAGAGCUGCUACCUUCUGCUGCACAGGGCCCCACCAGGGAAUGGUUUACUGUGUGGGUGGGGAACCUCACCCCAGAGAUCACCGAGGAGAUUCUGCUGCACUACUUCCAUCCGUUUGGACCCAUCGACUCCAUCCGCCGGCUCCCUAAGAGGUUCUGUGCCUUCAUCAACUACACUCGCCAGGAAGCAGCUGAGGCAGCCUAUGCAGCACUGCAGGGUUUUGACAUGGGAGGAAUCAAGCUUGUCCUACAGCUCAAGCACCCCGUCCACGCCACUCCGCCCCCCACCAAGGCACCUGGUGGUGCCCAACUGAAGGGGUAGAUGGGGGUCUCUGUGUCACAGGGGCUGCCAAAGUUAAGACAGCCGUGGCUUUGACAAGCUGUUCCUGGCUCCACAGCCUUGGACUCCCUUUCAGGAAAAUCACCUGCCAUGCUUGUGACACAGGAUCCAAGCCCAAAGACUUCGCCCAAAGAUGCAGGACUUUUUUGGGGGGUGUUACUCCUAUGUGGGGCAACAUUUUGCAGGAAGAGGGGCAUCUGCACUCUCAGGGAUGAUGUGCCAGCGCAUAGGUGGGGGGCUGGUGCGGCCAAUCUCUCUGUGCGUUGGAAAGGGGGGAGUUGGGGCCUUGGUCCCCAUGUGCUGCUCUCCCUCCUGACUGGCUUUAACUCACGUUGAAGUGUCCACUAAGGGACAGAUUGUGGGAAUGGCAUCUGGGAUUGGUGACUUCUGAAGUAGUGUCUGGGGAACUCCCCAUCCCUUUGGGAGAUGGGAGUGUGGGGUGCUCCUCCCGCAGCAUGGCUCCCUGGGCCUUCCACAGCCCACCUUCCUCCUACUGCCUCUGUGGGGCUUCCUCCCUGAUACUGCCUCAAGGGGCCCUUCUCUUUGGAGCUGGGGCUCACCCCGCCAGGACUUUGUUUGUUUGUAUACACAUGUGUGGCAUGGCCCUUCGAGGGGAGCAGGCCUGGCCUUGUCCCCGAGGAAGGGGUGGGUCAGAGGGGGUGCCACACUGUAUGCCCCCGGCUCCUACUCAUUCAGUGCAGGGAUCAGGGCCCUCUGCCACCACGUUUUUUUACACAGUUCACAAUAAACUUAUGGAAAAACCA